UUUGUUUUACAUAUCAAGUCAAUCUGAAACUUAAAUAUUUUCUUCUAAAUUAAUUUUAUUUAAUCACGAAAUAGCAAAAUGUUCUCAGCAAAACUUCGGCCUAUUCUGGAGGUUGUUAGGCGUGCCAAUAUAGUACGUCGUAUAAGUUUAUCAUCAAUCAAUCGUGAAAUCUUUCUGGUUAAGACCAUGGAAGAUUUCGAUAAGAAAGUCAAGAAAAAUGAAAAGAUUGUAAUCGUGGACUUUUUUGCAACUUGGUGUAAUCCUUGUAAAAUGCUCACACCACGUAUCGAAGCCAUUAUUGACGAAAUGGCAGGCGAUGUUGAAUUAGCCAAGGUCGACAUAGAUGAGCAUAGUGAGCUAGCUUUAGAUUAUGAUAUUGGAACUGUUCCUGUGCUAUUAGUUAUGAAGAAUGGCAAAGUAAUCAAUCGUAUGGUAGGCCUACAAGACAAGGACAAGUUACGUGCAUGGAUUGAUCAGAAUAUAGCUGAUACCAAGUGAACAAAGAGUUAAAGGAGUUAUUUAGUUAGUAAAGUUAAUUAAAGGACAAAAUUUACACAAAGAUGGAUUAAUAAAAUAAAUGUGCUAUGUGAGUUAAGUUCAUUAUAAAAAUAUCGAAAAUACCUAUGGGAAGCUUAUGUACGUCUGUAUGUAAAAACUUUUACACUUAAUUA